UACAAAUGACAUUACAUUACUAACUUAAAAAAACAUUCUUUAUUUUGAGAUUUAGAAGGAGAUUGUGCACUCUCUGACAAAACAUCACAAUUAUUGAUGAAAGUUACUUGUGUCAAGAAUUUGUUCUAGUGCUUGUUGGGAAGUGAGGAAGGUUGAUUCUUUCCUCCAUAUAAUUCUUCAUUACAACAUAGCCCCUUUUGUUUUUGUCCCUCUACUCUGUCUGCUGCUGGCUAAGGAGUUGGCUAGACAUUUCAUACUAUGGAAAUUUUACCAGGAGCAAGAGAGCAUCUUUUGGGGUCAAACGGGAAUGAAAAUGGAUUUGAAGAGAAUCCAGAAAUCAAGAUUCAGGUUAGGGGUCUUACAAAGGUGUCUGAAAAGGGUGUUUCUAUAUUGAACAAUGUGAACGUUGACAUACCUAAAGGUGUAAUCAUGGGUGUUAUAGGCCCAAGUGGUAGUGGAAAAUCAACCUUUUUGAGAUCACUUAAUCGAUUGUGGGAACCAUCUUCCAACUCUGUGUUUUUGGAUGGUCAUGAUAUAUGUGAUCUGGAUGUGCUCGCCCUCCGCCGGAAGAUUGGCAUGCUGUUUCAGAUUCCUGUUCUCUUUGAAGGUACUGUUGCAGAUAAUGUACGAUAUGGGCCACAGUUAAAAGGAAAAAAACUAAGUGACAAUGAGGUAUACAAGUUGCUGACUCUAGCUGACCUGGACUCAUCUUUCUUCAACAAGUCUGGUGGGGAACUCUCUGUUGGUCAAGCACAGAGAGUUGCACUUGCUAGGACCUUGGCCAAUGAACCAGAGGUUCUGCUGCUGGAUGAGCCAACAAGUGCACUUGAUCCAAUAUCAACUCAGAAUAUUGAGGAUGUUCUUGUAAAACUGAAGAGGGAGCAGAAUAUGACCAUUGUGAUGGUUUCACAUAGCAUCAAACAAAUAAAGAGAAUAGCUGACAUAGCAUGCCUGCUUGUCAAUGGAGAGAUUGUAGAAAUUUUAAAGCCUGAUCAACUCUUUGAAUCUAAACAUCCCAUGGCACAAAGAUUUCUUGAACUCAGCUCCUAAAAACUUCUCGCCGACCCCUCUUUUCUGUAUGUGUUGUGUUUUUGAUGCUUGGAUGGAUGGUGAAGUCCAGGAAACCAAUUCCAGAUGUGUAAUA